UUUACGUAUACCGCGUGCAUGCGGGUUAUACGGCCAUUGAUACACUUUCGGCCAAUCGAUAAGCAGUAACAAAAAAAAGUUAACCUCCAAGGGGAUUGAAGACGAGCAAUGUAGAUAAACUUUUUAUAAAAAAAAUAGAUGUCGUUAGCAUCAUAGAUUAGUGAUUCUAUAGUAAGAAUCGUCAUCAUGCAAGAUUUAUCGGACUGUAUGGAAAGAUUAAGAGACUUCAAGAACACAAAACCCUAUAUAGAUCAUACCGUGGAUAUCUUGGACAUUGCUAAAUAAAGAAUCGGUGCUGAAUCAAUCGAGGAACAAGUCGUUAAAAAAUAAACGCUAAGCACACCCCUGAGACAACCGCGCGACGAGCGUGCGCGACGUGUCACGCGAGCAUGAGUAGAACGUGGUCGUCGUUGGUGUGUGCCGCAUCAGCCGAUGCAGAGGGGCGAGAGCGUGCCUCCUGCGGACCACAGCUGGUGCGGACCGCGAGGUCAAGAUGUAAGCCGUCAAGGCGCCGCGCAGAAUGCCACGCUAGAGAAGAACUGUCAGGCUCAGGCCCCGAGAGGGAGAGAGAGAGAGGGAGAGAGUGAGUGUGUGCGUGUGUGUGCGAAAACGUAAGAGGGUGCAAAAGAGAGAGAGAGAACAAAGAGAAGCGGGCCUCACGCACGAAGGGGAGCAUGCAGAAAUGGAGUAGUCGGAAAAGGGGAUCGAUCGGCUGUCCGAUAGCUGCGGCAAUGGAGGACAUGAGACUGGGCAUCAUCGUGGUCUGAGCACUUGAAGAUGGCGUCAGGAUUGCCGAGCGCCCAUCACAGGAAGCUUGGACCAGCGCCGAUAGCAUCCUUCGAAGACCUGUCCGACGAAGUGGAAAACGGGGAAUCGGCGGCGGCGGGGCGAAUGCCGGGCAUCGUCGAGGUCACUACACCGGCAACGCCUGGCAGUUCGCUCAAGACGCCCAGCACGCCGCGAAUUGACAUCAGCAGAGCGAGCAGCUCCUCGCAUCAUGAGGACAGUAAUUCCAGAGACUCGUCACCCGAUCGGGAGCUCCUCGCAGGUACGGAUCCUCCGGCCGGUUGUAAGCUGACCUUGGGUUACAAGGAGGACGCUCAAGAUCUCAGGUCUUCCACGGAGGAACUGGACCUGCAGGAUCCCGUCCAUGAACAGGAUCUCAGACGAGAGUCAAAGAGACGGAAACGGAAGGAUGCGGAUGGAUCUCAAUCGGAGUACAGUGCCAGACAACUGGAUCGCGAGCGUAAAGACAGCAACUGCUCGGAAAUAUGCCUGCUCAACAUCAGCGGCAGGACGUCCAGAUUGUCAUCAGUUGGUAGUCAAGGUUCCGGCGUCUCCGGGAAACUCUCGGUUGUAUCGGCAACUUCCUCCAGAUCACCGAGUCCGCACAAGUGUUUGCUGGAGACGUCAUUUUGCGGAAGCAAACCAACGUUAGUUGACAAUCUAAUAGAACCGUCAAAACCGGAAACCGACGAUCUCGAGAAAAUACUUCUGAAACGGGAGGCUGAUACUACCAAGGCGCUGAUACCCGAGAGCAUCAAGGUGCCAAUGGUGGGCGGUAACUUGAAGCCGGAUCCGCUGGACAAGCCUAGAAGACGUGGCCGCGAGGAGCGCAUGGAGAUUUUUAAACGAGAAGUAGAGAUCACCAAACGAUUCCUGGAGAAAGCCAACAUACGGGUACCGAUGAUCAGAAAAUCAAGUGAACAUGGAUCGACGUCGCAGCAACAGCAUCAGGCAAAGAUUCAGAUCCAAGAAGUUCAAAAACCAGCAACGCUUGAUUUCAAUGAUAAAAGGAAGAAAACACAGAACUUCAAGGAAAUUGUACAGACGGCGUCUACUGUGAACACAAAUAACCUGACCGGAAGUCCCAAAUUACCAAGGCAUCAGAAAGUACGUGAUCUUGAAGGCUCGCGGACGCCUAGUCCAUCGUCCGUUUCUAGAAAAAGCAGUUUCGCUUCAUUAUUCAAGGCUAGGACCGACGGUAGCGUAUUGAGUCCAGAAUCGCCGUCGCCCAGUACGAAGCCACGACGGAGCCUGACGUCCAAGCUGAGAGACACUACGGAGAGUCUGAGAAGUCGUUCGAAGUCGCGUGAGAGAGCUUCCGCUGAUAAGGACUCGAGUUUGAAGAAGGAUUCCAAGAACAAAGGUGUGUUCUCGUCUACGCUGAGCCUCUUCAAGAAACGCGAAAGGAAAAAGAGUUACGAUGAGGCGAUUGCGGCUUCGUGCGAUCUCGAUGCGCCCGGCAAGGGAGGAGACCAUCCGUCUCUGGAAAGCAUCGGUCACGUGGAAUUUACAUUCAACACGGAAAAAGAAAGGAGUCGUCAGGAUGAUUCUAUUUUCAUCAGCCUGCACGCUGACAACAGGAACUACGAGGAGGCUUUGCCAUCGGAGAGCGUCUCAAUACCAUUGGAAACGCCGACUAAGUUGUUGGAUGAAUACGAAUCUGAGGGGCCGUGCGCGAGUAGCAUAAUCACGGAGGUAUCGAUCGAACAUCAUCCAGCACCGUUGUCGGCUGCCAAGAUCAGAACCGAGGCGCAGGUUGAGUUAACAACGACAUCGUCCAGAAGCUCGUCUAGAGACAGUCAGCUCCCACAGAGUACAUCUAAGGAUUCGCAAAUUUCGAAGAGUUCAUCAAGAGACUCGAAGAUCAGUGCGCAAGCUAAUAAAAUGAUCGAAACGUUACCGACAAGGUCAUCGACACCGCUUAAAACAGAAGUUAAAUCGGACAUUAAAUCGACCGGUCUGCGUGCGUCGCCAAAGGAGUCCGUUGGCAAAAGGCCGGAUAUACCGAAACCGAAAAGGAAAGGCAAAGAAAGUCAAUCCGAAUCAUUGGAGAAGAUAGAUGAUGGUACAGCGGCGCAGCAGAAAAAAGUAAGCUCGAGAGAAUCUCCGCGAGUCGCGCACGAAGCAAAGAAACCCGAUCUCCUCGACGAGAAGAUGGGCAAGUCGCAACAGGAAGGCCUGGUGAAAACACCCAGUGUGAUAUCCGAUCUGGAUCACAACAGUUCGGAAUCCGAGAGGGAUUCGGAGAUUGAAUUUGUCCGCAAUAAGGUCGAGAAGCUGGCUGAGGAGUUACCGGAUGAACGGAAGGGUCUCUUUUAUGAGGAGAGUUUUGAGGAGGAUCUUCCGUAUGUACCGACGACUCUACCGUUAGAGAAGAGCGUCGCUGUACCUAUCCUACCUGUUAAACAACGACUUCAGGAAGUAAGAACAAUUCCGAUUGAGAGACCACGCUCGACGACACCGAUAAAUCCGACUUUGCUGGACGAAUUCGUGAUGCAGACGUCGUUAGACGAGCGCCGCGUAGAACGAAUGAAGAUAUCUCUGCCGCGAGAGGACAGCUUCAAGGUAAAGAGUCCACGUCGGCAAUACGCCGGAAUGGCGAACACGUUCACGGAAUUUGCGGGCAAGGUGCCACCAGACGGCGGCCGUAAGGGCGCUACCGGUCAAGGGAAGUCCCCCAGUCCACCUCCACUGCCACCUAGAGCACCAGCAGUAGCGGCAGCAGCAGCAACAGCAGCAGCGACGCGGCCGAGUAAUUGGAUCAACUUCGAGGAGAUACCAGAGAAGCGGAAAGCACCGAAGCGGAUACAGACGAUACCGCGACCGGAGGACGAGAUCGCGAAGGCGAUAACCAGUUACAGCUAUGUGCAACCAGAGGAGUGUAAGUGCGAGUGUCACGAGGAGUCGAGACGGGCGUCCAUGCGGGAAGCAGCAACUGCUGCAACCGCAACUGUUGCUACCACCGCUGUCGCUACCACUAGCGCUAGCACCAGGACUUCUUCGUGCAGCAGCAACGGUGAGCGACCGUGCAACGGCGAAAAUUGCACGGUGCCGACCACCGGCGGCAGUUCUGUCGACCGUGCCAGCAUCGUCAGUGACAGCUCGCUCGAGUGCUCGCUGAGCAUCGACGACGGACAAAGCACACAGGCACUCCUCGGCAACUCGACGAAACCUUUCGCUAUGGAUCUCGACGUGCAUUCCAACAGAUCAAGUAUCAUAUCGCAGGAGGAGAACGACGAGAAUCAGCACCAAUAAUAAUAAUAAUAAUAAUAUUUGCAUAGUGCACCCACGCCUUAGAAACUUCGAAAUUCUUUUUUCUUUUUUUUUCCUGCGACGGAAGAUACUUGGAUUCUUUAUCUCCCUCUGGCAUGAAUCGAGGGGCGAUUCGAUUCCAAAAGGACGAACAAUUUGAAUAAGUCGUAGAGUGCGUUGACUGCACAUGUUGAUAACAUUACCGAAAUCGGAAUCGUCGAAGGCGCACUUGUUCUCGCCUUCGAGAUCACUGCGAAAUCAAAUUUCGGGGUAUUUCUGCGUCAGUGACUGCAAUGUUAGCGAUUAUUCACUUACGCGAAACGCACUGAUCGGACCAUUCUCACAUCGCAUUGCACCGCAUCGUGCUUUUGAAUUUCAUAUUUUUGUUACGACAUCGUUAUAUACAUUUCAUCGUAUUCUCUUUUCAUUUGUCAUUAUCCAUAUUUGUACCUCCAAACUGUCUUAAAUCCAUAUUUCCGAUAAAAAUGAAGAUUCCUGUUACACAACAUUUUUCAAAUAUGGAUUUAAAAGUGUUUGGAAAAAAUAAUUCGCGAUUUGAGAAGUACGAAUAUCUUCGUCAUCAAUUUAUCACGCGUGCACAUGUUGACGCUUCCUUACGACCGAGGGAGACCCGGAUGGUGGCUCGCUAAAACGUUUUUACCAGUUGCAGUUACGAAAUGGUGCCAGUUCUCUUCGCCGAGAAAGAAACGCGCCACCGGGAUGCCGGCGACACGUUCGAACGUUACUCGGAUCUCGCCUUCUUCUCUGAACAAAAAGCAAACGCAAAACUAUAAUGAACAUAUUUUCAACUGUCGUGUAUACCAACAAGAAGGCAAGAUCUUGCGACGUUCAAACGUUCAAAUGAACUUUCGAAGCUUCAUAUCAUGUAGAUAAGUGUAGAUUUAUAGAUAUGUAUAUUCCCGUGGUCACGUUGAUCUCGUACUGAAGUUAAGAAGUUUAUUCAAUGUUGAGCUGGGCUUACACCCAGUACGAUCAUUUAUUGAUCGAUUGUUUUUCAAACUUGUACGAUAGUAUUUACAUAAACGAUUGUACAAUGAUCGUAAAGUAAUGCAGGAUCCGCGCGAACGGUCCCGCCGAGACUAUUCCUUGGACCAGAAUGCAAACGCAUUACGGCGUCGCGUAAUCAUUUAGAUACCUUGUCGGGAUGUUAAAUCGAAUCGCGUUCUCGAUCGAAUCGAUCUGACGUUAUUGUCGCGCACGUAAGCGACACAUGUAUUUAGAUCCCCGACAAUCGCACGUAUAGAACGCUCCUAAUAUACGACGACUUCUCUACUCGCCAUUCUCGCUUUCUCAUCAUCUUCUUCACUUUCAGAGCUGGCUUGGCGAGCCAUCAUUCGCGCUAAUCUCAAAGGCAGCGAUUCUUUGUCGUUCAUCCAUCACCAGGAAUCGCCAGGGAGCCGAGACGGUAUGCGCUUUCGCGCGUGUUCUGCAGGCCGAGGCCGCAGUACGAGAGAUAGAGAGAGAAUUCUAUAUUAUCUACCUCCUGAAAUGUACCAAAGAUAAUCGAGUGUCUGUGGAGGGAUUCGCUUCAUCCGCGCUCAGAUAACGCGACAAGGGUUUGACCUCUUUCCUCGCGACAAGUCCAAUUGUUCCGAAAAAGGUAAAACGGAAAUAGCGUAUGUAGUGUGAAGCAUUUUAACAUAUAGAAUCGAUCGGGGUAAUUGUAAUGCUCGGGUAAACCUAAUAUAUUAUUUCCUAAUUAUAAAUUUUUAUCGUAAAGUAAUUAACGUGUUCCAUACUGCAUUUAUUUUACGUGACUUUAUUUACGCUGAAGAAUUGGUGAAUUAUGGCAUAAUUCACUAAUGCAUGAUAAAUGCACUAUAUACAUGAUAAUUAUAUAUUAAUUAAUAGUAUUACGAAAUAUUUCAUUAUAUAAUAUUUUUCUUGGAAGUAGAAACAUUAAACAAUUAAGUGAUUUAAAUAAAAAAUUCUAUUGUGAAUCCAUGCGACACAACAUACAUCGGAAGUAACUUUUUAAUGAAUGUUACGUGAAAAAUUACCGAGAAAUGAUGAUUAACGAUUUUAUAUCGUUACUAAAUUACAUUAUUAAGUAAAAAACUAAAAAUAUUAAAUAACUGUUCUCCAAUACUCACUGUUAUAUCAAAAUUAUAGUGUGAUGAGGAAUAUAUGUUAUUUUGAGAUUUCUUCAUAAUUUCCUUGUUCUUCAUCCUAAUAUUCCUAAUUUUAAUUAUAAUAAUUUAAUUUUCUAUAAUAAUUUAAUUUAUUCUUUCGUAGGAAUUAAUUUUCUCAAAUUCGUAGAAAAAUUUCUAGAUUUUUUAUAAAUACAAACAUUUAAAUUAUUUAAGAUAAAAAUUAUUUAUUUUCUUUACCUGGAAUCAGACACGUGCGACUUGAUGACCCGAUGACCCGACGACUGAAACUGUCCAAAUCAGAUUAAUUAAAGACCGAUUAAUUGACUUUAUCGAUAGAAACCGUUUGCGACUCAUAUUAACGUGGCUAAUUGAUCAUCAACGAAGGAACGGUAACUAAAUUUUAUUCGGUGCCGGAAGUCUCAUCACGUCUAAUACAUUUAGCACAUGCAGCAAGAGCAAACUUAAAAGGGGUCAAACCUAUAUCUACGUUUCGCGUUUACGAGCAAAAUCACAAUUUGGUCCGCGCAAUUGAAUUGUUUUCCUUUUCUCAUUCCUUGUACAUCUCACGCUCAUAGCAAUAUCAUCAAUUACUUGGAUAUUUAACGGACAUCGGUUUUGCUCAAUGAUUACGUUCUCUCGCGAUGUCAGUUUUCUCCAGCUAUACUUCUUAUGCGAUAUGAAAAAAGUUGUGCGUUCAAAGUAGAAUAUUUUCUUGCAACUGAAAUGUUUUUCCAUCUGUGCAUCUGUCAUGCCGAGCGAUUUGGAAGAAAAUUAUCAAAAAUUGUAUCUUGCACAAAAUAACUAUAAUGAAUCGUUAACUGGAAUAUAUAACAGAAAUUUAUCUUCUCUUUCCACCGAACAGUUUAUAUCAAUUACAUAAUAUGAAAGUAACACGUAAUGUAACGAAUGUUAUUCGAUAUUUAUAUCGUGAUUACAUAUUUUGGUUACAUUUGAUUACAAUAAUUAUGUUUUAGAACUAUUAUAAUAUAGAUGACUUGUAAUAUUCUUAUUAUAUUACCUGUUACAUUCCAAUUUAUUGCGACAAUAUAAUACUUGCGUAACUGUGUUUGCUGGGUUGGAGUAACAUGAUUUACUCUCUUUACUAAAUUUUCAAGAAGAUCUCAUAUUCUUCUACUUCAAGAGAUAAAAAAAAUCAGAUAUGAAUUUAUUAACUGAUACUUUGUUCCUAUGUUGUUAUCUGGAUGAAAUUAUUCGCUUGACAUAGCAGAGAAACUCCCUCAUUACAUUAUACUGGAUUGCAUACUGGAAUUGAGUCGAGCCGCCGUUUUGUAUCACAGAUUCUGCUUCCAUCGUUAUCCCCCUCCGAUCCACACUCUUUCCAAUUCCCACCAGGACAUGAAGUAGCUAAGCUGAGAAAUUAAUGAACUAAUUAAUAGACCUGUAAGCGAUUAACUACCCUCCGCGGAUCAAUCGGGCUUGUCCGUCUCGUUCCUUUUUCUUCUUGUUCUUCUUCUUUCGAUGGAAGAAAGACGGGACGGGCAACUCACGUAGUAGCGAUUUCGCGGAAACAUCAACGCAAUUUGCCUGUAGCUAAACGUUUCAUGCAAGAUAAUUUCCUUUCUUUUAGAUUUUGAUGUGUGUUUAGCUAAACGAAUUUUCAGAGUAUAUUAUAUAUGAAUAUAUAAAUAUAUAUAUACACAUAUAUAUCUACAUAUAUAUAUAAAUAAAGCAGGGAUCGGAAUUCGCGUAAUUUUCAUAAGUUCAAUUCUCAACGUUGUAAACACGGGAAAGUGAAAUCGGAAAUUAAUCGGGGCGAUUGUGAUAUCCAUUUGUGACACCUAGAAUUAAUAAAUUACUGGUGUCAGUGACUGAAACAUUUUUCCAGCGACUAAAGGCGAUGGUAAUCAUAAAGUUGAAAGUUGAGCAACAGAACAAUUCAUUCAAUUAUUGUCGUAAAGACAUUGAAAUGUUGCGAUCACCGAUUUUAUCUUUCAUAAACACUCUUCAAUGUCUCAUUUAUUCACAAUUACCUCGAUUAAUAUUACCUUGUACCAAUUGUCCAUACGAACGUUUUCAUUUGGUAAAUAAUGGGCUAGAGAUCAUUUUCAUAUUUUAAUGAUGAAUUUGAACUUUAUCGAAAUUAUAUUGGUUUCGAUCUUUGCAGAAAAAGGCGUCCUGCGCAGUAGUCGAUCGACUGCGAUUUACGUAUGACGAAACGAAUAUAAUAAAUUCGCGAUCGAAGGCGAAUCGCGUUCCGUGAAAGGUCGAUGUAUUUUUGCGCUGGCGAACCAUCAAUUGUACAAUUUUUUUAUAAUUCUCUGUAUCAUUUAUAAUAUCAUGUCACAUCAAUCAGCAAUUAUAUAUUGUUAAAUUUGUAAGUUUCGUUCAUACACUAUAAGAGAUUAAGCAAAAGACGUGUUGUAUCACGCUUCAAUGACCAAAAAUGGGAAAGCUAAUUGAAUGCUGAGAUAUUAUAAACAAAUUGAUUAUAAAAAUUCCAAAAUUAUUCCUUGAUUUUAACUAUUACAUAUUCAGUAAAUAUUUCCUUAUGUUCUCUUGUUAGUUUUUUUUUUUAUUUUUAAACCAAAAACAUUUGUUAUGUCGAUUUAUUAGCACACGUAAAACUCCGCCCGACUUUUAGAAGCGCGAAUCACUUUCGGUUUGAACGAAACUGUGCCCUUUUUCGCCUAGAAAAUAAGUCUCAAACUUACAGUUGUCCGCAAGAUUUCUGUCGAAGCGCAAUCUUAUCGACGAUCUAUUGAAAAAGAAAAGAAAAUAGAAUUUAAGAAAAAACAGAUUUCAUAUAUCCAAUUCACUUCGUCUUCACAAGGAUAGUGCAUUUCGGAUAUCGCCGUCAAUUUCCUUCUUGGUUUGCGUUGAAAUUAAUCGAGGAGGAGAAUCACAUGGCCAUUCUCCGACAUUUAUGACGAAGUUUUUAGAUACGUGAUAUCUUUUUUAAUCUUUUCUAGGCGAACAUUUAAAACAAGAGACUGGAACAAUGACAGGUAACCUGCUUUCUCGUUUCUUUGCAUCUCCAACUUUUGCAACUACAUUAAACGCGCAAGAAUGUGAAUAACAAAACCGAAACAUUGAUGACUGAAAUAUGUCCUUUGUAGAAAAUAUGAAACGGACUCACAGAUAUUAGUUUGUUCUCAUUUUGUACUUCACAAAUAAUUGAAAAAUUAUAGAAUACAUUAAAACGAAAUGAGCCUAAAGGAAGAAUUUUGUGCAGACUGCAGGUUGCUCGUUGUUAUUUCAAGACAUAAAUUUUGUCUAAACUGUCAGCUAAAUACUCGAAAAGGUCGAUUAUUCUGGUCGUUCGACAUGAAAAUCCGAGAAGUUACUCGGACCGGCAAGUGAGAAAGAACGCCCAUUUCCCUAGCAAUACAUGAUCGUUCGUCAUUAUUUUUCAUGCAAUGUAAGACUAUGAGAAAAAUGGAAUAAAAAUAAAUAUUUAAAUGUUUCUAAUGUUAUGUAUGAAUAAGAUUAUAUAAAAUAUAAGAAAAGAGAAUGCAUUUCUGAAUGCUGAUGAAUAAAUAUGAUUGAAUGACAAUGACGACAACGACGACGACGAUAACAGUAACGAUAAUGAUACGAUCGACGAUCUCAUGUUCAGACAAAAAGAAGAGAAGAAAUAAAGUAAAAUCUAUGUAUUCUCA